AUGACAUCUUCAGGAGAUGAAGGAUCAGGUGUGACGGAGGAAAUGCUGACGUUUUCGGGAGAACAAACGACUGCUGUAGAUGAAAGCCUUUCCCUUCCAACCGCCACCACAGACACUGUCCCAACUGGAACACUACCGGAUGAAGGGUCCGCAAUAACUGAGGAAAUGGUCACAUAUUCAGGAGAAGAGUCUUCAAGUGGUGCAACACCAGAAACAACAAGUCCAGUGACUGUUACCACUGUAGCAGCAGAUGACAAACAAACAGUGACUGAAGACUACUCUGGCAUAACUGAAGAUACGUUGACAGCCUCAGGAGAUGAAACGGGAAGCACAACAGCAGAGCCCACCAGUCCUGCCACAAUGUCCACCUCCCAGGCAGGAGAAAUGACAUCUUCAGGAGAUGAAGGAUCAGGUGUGACGGAGGAAAUGCUGACGUUUUCGGGAGAACAAACGACUGCUGUAGAUGAAAGCCUUUCCCUUCCAACCGCCACCACAGACACUGUCCCAACUGGAACACUACCGGAUGAAGGGUCCGCAAUAACUGAGGAAAUGGUCACAUAUUCAGGAGAAGAGACUUCAAGUGGUGAAACACUAGAAACAACAAGUCCAGUGACUGUUACCACUGUAGCAGCAGAUGACAAACAAACAGUGACUGAAGACUUCUCUGGCAUAACUGAAGAUACGUUGACAGCCUCAGGAGAUGAAACGGGAAGCACAACAGCAGAGCCCACCAGUCCUGCCACAAUGUCCACCUCCCAGGCAGGAGAAAUGACAUCUUCAGGAGAUGAAGGAUCAGGUGUGACGGAGGAAAUGCUGACGUUUUCGGGAGAACAAACGACUGCUGUAGAUGAAAGCCUUCCCUUCCAACCGCCACCACAGACACUGUCCCAACUGGAACACUACCGGAUGAAGGGUCCGCAAUAA